CGAUAGUGGUUAACGAUGGGGUCGUCGCCCUCCAAAGCUCUCACGGGGCUUCUCUGUACGGUUUCAAUAAAAUGCCCACGGCUAGCAUCCGCUGCUGGGAUUGCCACAACUCAGUCGUUUCAACCACUGCCAUUUUCCAACAGCGAUCGAUGGAUUGUUGAUGCGAAUGGCAAAAAUGUUCCUGUUGUUGGCAUCAACUGGCCUGGAGCGGCAGAAACUAUGCUUCCGGAAGGACUUGGCUACCAAUCCAUAGCCAACAUUGUACAGAAACUCACGGAAACUGGUUUCAACACUGUGCGUCUUACUUUCGCCAUUGAGAUGGUUGACGACAUUUUGGAUAACGGCGGAGACGUUACCCUGAGCGGCACUUUGACACGGGCUUUGGGAUCGGCGAAUGGGUCGGCGAUGUUGUCGAAAAUUAUAAGUAAUAAUCCUCAGUUUACUGCUACAAUGACGAGGUUAGAGGUGUUUGAUGCAGUAGCUGCGGGUCUGGCAACCCAGGAUAUCUAUGUCCAUCUCGACAAUCAUGUCUCAAAAGCAAUGUGGUGCUGCAGCUUAACAGACGGGAACUCUUGGUUCGGCGACACGUACUUUGAUACAGACAAAUGGAUUCGAGGACUAUCUUACAUGGCGGCUCACGGCAAGGCAAACUGGCAAACCUUCAGCAGCAUGGGCCUCCGCAACGAGCUCCGUCCGGCCCUCACCGGGGCCCCAAAUCUACAUCCCUACACCUGGUCCACCUGGAAAACGUACAUGACGGCCGCCGCCUCAGCAAUCUACUCCGCAAACCCAGACGUGCUAAUCUACUUCUCCGGCCUCGAGGCAGACUUCAACAUCGAGCCCGCAGUCGGAGGAUCCACACUCCUUGAUCCAGGAUUUUCCUUUAAUGUAUCUAGCUACGAAUGGGCGCACAAACUCGUGUUCGAGAUGCACGAGUACGAUGAGAACAUUUCGAGUUCUUGUCCUAUUUACGAGGCAAUUUUGGAGAGUUUUGGCGCGGAUGCUACGACAAAGAGUGGUGGUAAUAAGGCCCCGUUGGUCAUCUCAGAGUGGGGUCAUGAUGAGACGGAUGCGAGUAAUGCAUGGCAGAGUGCGUAUAGCCAGUGUUUAACGCAGUUUAUAGUGCAGAAGCAGUUGGGGUGGAUGGUUUGGGUUAUGGCGGGGAGUUAUUAUAUCCGUUCUGGGACGCAGGAUUCCGAUGAGAGUUAUGGACUUUUGGAUCAUACGUGGAGUAAUUAUCGGGGUGUCAAUUCUUCAGCUGCUAUCAAGCAGCUGGUUCGGUCAACAUAUGCUGCUUAUGGGCAAUAGAAAUUACCAGCCCUGAUAUAAUGACUUGCAAAACGAAUCCUUCCACCGGAAGUCUACUCUCG